AUGCCAUCCGAACGGGAACUUCAAAUAUCUCCAGUUGUGCAGGAGUCGCUCGUCCACAACACCCGGACCCUCUACAACCUCCAAUCCCUCACCGCCUCCCUCUUCGGCGUAUCCGCCGGCAUCCUCGGCCUCGAGUCAUACGCCGGCUUCCUCUUCUACCUCGUCUUCUCCCUGCUCGCGGCCACGCUUGUGUACGCGCUGCGCGUGGCGCCUACCUCUUUGGCCGCGGGGAAACCGUUGCUGGACACAAGCCGGUACUUCCGUGGUGCAUAUGAUGUUUGGGCGGGCGGGCUGAUGAAUGGGUUUGCUGGGUUUGUGUUGACGUGGACGCUGUUUUAUGGGUUGGUUAGGGCGUGA